AUGCCUGGCCAUCAAACGAUGCAGCAACAGCAGCAGCAGCAGAUACAGCAGCAACAACAGCAGCAGCAGCAGCAGCACCAACAGGCACAGCAGCAACAGCAGCAGCAGCCGCACCAUCAACAGCAGCAACAGCAGCAGCAGCAGCAGCAGAAACAGCAGCAACAGCCGCAGCAGCAGCAGCAGCAGCAGCAGCAGCAGCAACAGCAGCAGCAGCAGCCGCAGCAGCAACAGCAGCAACAGACGCAGCAGCAACAGCAGCAACAGACGCAGCAGCAACAGCAGCAGGCACAGCAGUUUCCUGUCGAGGGGCCUCAGGCAUCCUCUUCCGUUCCUAUGAUGAACGGUGUGGCAGUGAUGCCGCAGCAGCAGCAAGGCACGGCGCAGCAGGGCACGGCGCAGCAGGGCAUGGCGCAGCAGGGCAUGGGGCAGCAAGGCAUGGCGCAGCAAGGCAUGGGGCAGCAAGGCAUGGGGCAGCAAGGCAUGGGGCAGCAGAGCAUGGCGCAGCAAGGCAUGGCGCAGCAAGUCAUGGGUCAGCAAGGCAUGGGGCAGCAGGGAAUGGCGCAGCAAGGCAUGGCGCAGCAAGGCAUGGCGCAGGCACAGGGCAUGGCGCAGGCACAUGGCAUGGGUCCGCCUCAGAUGGUGGCUCAACUGCAGGCUAUGGUGCAGGGACAGGGCACAGGGCACCAAGGGAUACCCCACCCUCAGAUGCAUCACGGAAUGAUGCAACAGGGGAUGGCGCAACAGGGUAUGGCGCAACAGGGGAUGGCGCAACAGGGUAUGGCGCAACAGGGGAUGGCGCAACAGGGGAUGGCGCAACAGGGGAUGGCACAACAGGGGAUGCCGCAACAAGCCAUGCCGCAACAAGGCAUGCCGCAACAAGGCAUGCCACAACAAGGCAUGACGCAACAAGGCAUGACGCAACAUGGCAUGGCGCAAGGCUUGGCGCAACAGGGGUUUGCGCAACAAGGCAUGGUGCAACAAGGCAUGGUGCAACAAGGCAUGGCGCAACAAGGCAUGGUGCAACAAGGCAUGGUGCAACAAGGCAUGGCGCAACAAGGCAUGGUGCAACAAGGCGUGCCGCAACAAGGGAUGACGCAGCAGGGGAUGGUGCAACAAGGGAUGGCGCAACAGGGGUUUGCACAGCAAGGCAUGGCGCAUCAGGGGACGGCGCAACAAGGCAUGGCACAACAGGGGAUGGCGCAACAAGGCAUGGCGCAACAAGGGAUGGCGCAACAAGGCAUGGCGCAACAAGGGAUGGCGCAACAAGGCAUGGUGCAACAGGGGUUGGCGCAACAGCAAGCUCCACAGCAGUCGAUGUUUGGCUUCCAAGGGGGACCAUCCGCCUUCCUGCCACACAACGGACAAGCCUACCAGCAACAAAUGCAGCAAGUGCAGCCUAUGCAGCCAAUGCAGCAGGUGCCUUCUUUCCAGCAAGGCCAUCAGAUGCAACAAGGUCCGGUACCGAUGCAGCAAGGCCCAGUGCCAGUGCAACAAGGCCCGGUGCCAAUGCAACAAGGCCCGGUGCCAAUGCAGCAAGGCCCGGUGCCAAUGCAGCAAGGCCCGGUGCAAAUGCAACUAGGCUCGGUGCCCAUGCAACAAGGACAAGUACUGAUGCAGCAAGGCUCGGUACCGAUGCAACAAGGCCUGGUGCCCAUGCAGCCGUCACCUGGAGCCCCCAUGCAACCAGGCCUGUCGAUGCCCCCUCACCAGCCGUUUCCUGCCACUCCCACCAUGCCUAUGACUGUGCAAGUGGUUUCAGCUUCCCUCCCUGCCCCCAUGCAGCAGCAACAGCAGCAGCAGCAGCAGCCCGGUCAUGUACCUGGACACAACAACAUGCCUGGCGACUUCGGGUCGUGGGCGCCCUUCACAGUGACGCAGUGGCAGGAGCUGGAGCAGCAGGCGCUAGUCUUCAAGUACCUUGUUGCAGGCGCGCCCGUUCCCCCCCACCUUGUUGCCGCGCUCAGAGCCUCCUGCGCGCGCCUGCCCCCUUUGGCCGCACUGCAGCAGCCCCCUGCUGCCCCCGGCGGCCAACCGGGGUGGGGGCAGGUGACACAGCAGGUGGAGCUGGAGCCGUUCCGGUGCAGACGAACGGACGGCAAGAAAUGGCGAUGCUCCAGAGAGGUGGUACCGGAUCAGAAGUACUGUGAGCGCCACAUGCAUCGCGGGCGCAACCGCUCCCGCAAGACCCACGACCGCGCUGCUCCAGGCACCUCCCUCGUUGAUGCAAACGAUGCUGACGACGGCCCUCCUUCUGCUGCCGCUGGUGGCGCUGCUGGUGGCGCCGGUGGCGCUGGUGGUGGUGCUGGUGCUGCUGGUGGUGGCGGUGGCGGCGAUACCACUGGUGGCGAUGCAAGCACGCCAAGGGCAGCAGGAGGUGCAACAGCAGGGAGUGCAGGAGUGGGAGGGGGAGGCGCAGGAGGAGGGGGCGCGGGAGCAGGGGGUGUGGGAGUGAAGGCAGGCGAUAUGACCCCAUCUAGCCUCAACACCACGGAUUUCACCACUUCCCAGAGAAAUACUCCUUUUCCCGGCAGUGCCACUUAUCCUCCCAGUGCCACUUACCCUGCCACUGCUGCUUACCCCGGCAGUGCCACUUACCCCGGCAGUGCCACUUACCCUGCUGUUGCCAUGUUCCGCCCAUCUGCGGAAGGAGCAGCAGUGCCAGCAGUGCUGCACGGGAACGCCCCGCCUCCCCUCACUCUCCCCCCUCCCGUGCAUGCAGUCGCGGUACCUUCUGCAGGGCAGAGCGGGGCAGGGCAGGGCGGGUCAGGGCAGGGUGGGGCGGGGCAGGGAGGUGUAGCGAAAGGGGGAAUGGUAGCAGGGGGAGAGGGAACGCAGCAGUUACAAGGCGCAGGUGAUGCAGUGCAAGGAGGGAUGCAGCAAGCAGGGAUGCAGCAAGGAGGGGUGCAGCAAGCAGGGAUGCAGCAAGGAGGGGUGGGAGGAGCAUCAGCAAUGGGCGUACAAAGAGCAGGAGAGGGGUCUUUCCCCAGCCAGUCUCCCGGUCAACACCCUGCAGCACCACAUCACCCGCCCUUCCAGAUGCAACAGUCGCAGCAGCAGCAGCAGCAGCAGCAGCAGCAGCAGCAGCAGCAGCAGCAGCAGCAGCAGCAGCAGCAGCAGCAGCAGCAGCAGCAGCAGCAGCAGCAGCAGCAGCAGCAGCAGCAGCAGCAGCAGCAGCAGCAGCAACAGCAGCAGCAGCAGCAGCAGGAACAGCUGCUGCCAGGGCACUACCAAAUAGGAGGGCCCCGACUGCACCCCUCCCCUCUCAUGGGGCCGCGUGCCCCCCUCCGUGCCUCCACGCCCACACACGGCCCCACACCCGUGCGUGCGUCCACUCCCAUCACAUCCACACCCACCCAUGGCCCUGCAUCCCUGCACGCAUCAACGCCUGGACCCUCUCCACUUCAAGUGCCAAGAGCUGCCACAGCAGCCCCUUCCUCUCCUUCCCUGCAAGUCUCCAGACAUCCACAGGCCUUGCCCUCUCCUUCUCCUUCUCCCGCCCCAUCUCCCUCUUUUCACGCGCUCAAGCCAGCUGCCUCGCCUCUCCUGCAAGUGUCGAGGCUCGGAGCCUCCCCAUACCAGCAACUGGCUGUAAGGCCAGCAGUAUCGCCUUUCCAGCAGCAGGGAGCAAGGGUCCAGCAGGGAGCCUCCCCAUACCAGCAACAGGCCAUACGCCCAGCAGGAUCGCCUUUCCCGCAGGCAGCAAGGUUGCAGCAGGCGGCUUCCUCCGAUCAAAGACCCGCCUCUCCUGCCCUGCAAGCGCUGACACACCAGCAGCAGGCAGUAACGCCAGCCGCCUCUCCUGCCCUGCAAGCGCUGACACAAGGGCUCUCCCAGUCCUUUCGGCCGGUCAAGCCAGCAGCAUCGCCCGCGCUACAGCCAGCGGUGCGUUCAACCAUGGAGACGGCUCAAAGCUCGCCUGUGCUACAACCGUUGGUGCGUUCAACCAUGGAGACGGCUCAAAGCUCGCCUGUGCUACAACCGGCUGUCACUCCGAUGCGGCAAUCUCAAGGUGCCGCUUCCACUGGUGGGGGCGGGGAUGGUGCUGGUGCUGGUGCUGUGAAUGGGACUGGGAACAGAGGCAGCAGUGGUGCUGCGAGCUAUGGUAACGCCCAUAGCAGCGCGUUUGGAGCUGCUGUGAGCGCGAGUGUUGGGAGAGCAGAGGGCAGGGACGGUGCGAGAGGCCCCUGA